AUGGCCCAGACCAGUCAGCCCAUAUCAUCUCCAAUCUCGAACACGCCUCUUAGCAAGAAGCGAAGACGCAAGAGACGUCGCAAGUCUUCAACAAACACGGGCAGUCCAGCUCCGAGUGAGGUCCUUCCUGACAAGGCGAAACCGACGAGAGAGAAGCCGGCACAAGACACUCGACCGCUGAGAGAAAGAGAGCCUGAGACAUACCACAUAUACGCCACAUCCGACGACAGUGAUGUUGAAGAGGCCGACGCGGUGGCACAACCUAGCCCUCCUAAGGCUUCGGCUGCGGAUGACCACGCGAACGGUGCAGAGAGUUCAGACGAGAAGACCUCCGAACCUAUGAGCAAUGAGCAUGCCACUCUCGCGUCGGGUCAAGUGUCAGAGGAAGUGGAACUCCAGCGCAACGAACCUGACUCUGCGGUGCAUUCUGACACGAAGGUCGCCGCCUCUGAGCCUCGCGUGACCGAGGAGGGUCGAUUUUGCUGUCCUUUCGCUGAAGACUACGGAUGUAAGAAUACUUUCAGCAAGAGAAGUGCGGCACUUCGACACGGUGGAAUUCACACUUCGCGCUUCGUUUGUUCUGUUUGCGAUAAGCAGUUGAGCCGGCGGAGCACUCUAGAUGCGCACUUGCGCAAACACACUGCACUGGAGAUCGCCUUUGCCGAAGCUGGUAAUAAAGAUGCUGCCAGGAACGCUCAGGAUGAGAAGGAUGAGCAAGACGACGAUGACAACAUCAUAGAGGCGACACCUAACCGGUCCCAGAUAGAUGAACAGGACGAAGACGGUUCAGCCGACUUCACUCCUCCACAAGAGGGAUCCCAGGCCCGAUCAGCCGCUCAGCAGAAUGGACUCGAGAAGCACUCAUCCCUGCCGGCUGAAGACGCAGCCAUUACUGAAGAAACACAUGACAGUGGCAUACUUCCACAAACCCUUUCCGAACAUCAUUCACCACCGCCACCUAGUGUCUUUGAUCAAGUCUCUGAGACUAUUAUCAAAGAGACGCCUAUGCCAAGGGCCGGUCUGACGCGCAAACGCGACGCCAGCACUGCGUUCGAAGCUCCACGACAGAGUGCUGAAAGGUCUAGGAAGAGAGCGAAAAGGCCCUCUAAUUCUCCGCCGACGUCGGUUCAGUCCAGGGACUUGGAGGGGUCAGACUCGACGGAAGAUACGCCUGGACUGCUUAGUCUACAAGAUACCGAGAAGAUCGUGCCGAGAUUACAGAGGGACCGACAAAGCAGCAUCGAUGGUUGGGCGCAGAAGUACACUCCGGGCUCGAACCUCAGACACCCCGUCUUCAAUCCCAAGUCGCCAGCCGCUAGAUCCUCCCAACAGGUGGAAAUUGUCAUUCCAAGAACAAGUCAAGGGCACUAUUCCGGCAGCAAUUCGACCAAAAGGCUGCCUUUGGCAUCUGAUGAUGGCGUCAGUGACAAUGAGCCCACCGCAGACAAGUUGAAGACGUUUGGACCGAGGAACGCUGGAACUCGAAAAGCGACUUAUACCACCCCAAAGGGCAAGAAGCGAGCAGAGUCUGGGGUGGACUACUCUACUCCUGCACGGGAUCACACCAACUACGCCGAUGAUGACUCCGACGAGGAUGAAUACGAGCCAACCAAUUUCGCAACUUCUGUGGCGGUGAGAUCUUUCGUGGCCGUGAAUUCUAAGAAGCGGUCUCGAGAACGGGAAGAAGAGCCGAGGUCAGAGACUGUCAAGCGAGACGCAGACAGAUCAGAUGCUGCACGGCCGAGUAAACGUGUUAAAGCCAGUGGUCCAGCUGGCGGGGAUGCUUCUGAGUGUCCCAAAUGUCAUCGUCAAUUUGCUAAUGAGGCCUUGCUCCGGAAGCACCUGAAGAAGCCGUCGCUCCAUUCCCAUUUGUACAGAUGCCGCAAUUGCUCCGAGCAGUUCUGGGCCAUCACUCUUCUAGCAAAGCAUGAAAGAGAGACUGGACACGGCAAAGGAAAUGGGUUGCAGGGCCACACUGGCGCAUUUAGCGAAGGUGAGGUCAAGAAGCUAAGUGACUGGAGGGACUUUUUCUGUGAAGACUAUAACAUCACCCACGAACAAUUCAACGAGAUGAUGACCGACACCCUCCAGCGAAAGACAGGGGAGCGCUGGAAUUGGCCUUUCAUUACCAAAUCCGAUUUCAUGAAAGAGUACUGCGGUGUGCUCCCUCAUCGGAACAAACGGUCCAUGUUGCGAUAUCGCGAGCGCAAUUUCCAGAAUGUCGCAGGGUCUAGGAAUUGGACCUCGGAGGAUGACCAAGAGCUUCUACGAUUGCACUCGGAGCUCGGGCCCAAAUGGUCUGAGAUCGCGCGCCGACUCACGCGGACGGUGGACGCAGUCAGUCAAAGAUGGCGACACAAAUUGCAAUGUGGAACCACCGAACAAGGCGAAUGGUCGCGAGACGAGCAGUCGCUAUUCAAGGAAGUCCUUGAACAAGUGCGCAAAGAGUCGGGCACCACUGCGGAGUUGGAUGAGUGGCGUAUUCCGUGGAACAAAGUCAGCGAGAAAAUGGGGACCAGAACUGCGCAGCAAUGUUCAAAUCAUUGGCGCGCCCUUCACAGCGUGAAGAGACAAGGCAGAUGGAUUAGGAUUCAAGGACUGGAGAGAACGCCCGGUUCGAGCAGAAUCUUGACACCUUCGAAGAUGGAGCGUCGAUUAAUGGGAGAAGGUGUGAGCCCGAGUAAUCGGAGAGUGCUGUCGGAAAAAUUCGUUGAUGAAGAUGAUGAGGAUGAGGAGGAAUAUGAAGGUGCAGAAGAUGAGGAUGAGGAAGAUGAAGGUGUGGAGGAUGAGGAAGAUGCAGUUCCAGAGCAUGAAGAUGAGGAAACAGCUGAUCGUGAAAAUCUCUCCGAGGACGACGCGAAACCCGGAGAAAGAGACUUUGAGGACGAAGAAAAAGAGUCAGCUCUUCAUGAUGACCGAGGAUCGUCAGUGGCAGCGGAAGAAGCUGAGACGGGGGAUCGAACAGCACGCAACCCUUUGGCCGAGAAAACCCCCGGAAAGACGCUCGGGUCCAGUCAAUUGUUCGCCCAGACACAGGUCAACACGUCUGCGCUGAAGGCAUCGCAGCGAGGCAGAAGGCCAGUCGAAGACGACGAUCGGCCUUCGCCCAACAUCCCCAUUCAGCGCCGAGUGCUGUCAUCCCGAUCUCCAUUGCACGAGCUCAAGGUCAAGGAAAAUGGUGAUCUCGAUCUUAGUAGCGGUGAGGAGGGCCAUGAUGGGGAAGCCGAGUCCGAAUCUACCCAAGCCACGGACAUUGAGGAUGGGCAUGAGGCCUCAUCCGGGCACUCGAAAGGCGAGGACGAAGAUGAGGACGACGAGGAAGAAGAAGAGAAAAAAGAAGCCGCGGUACCAACGGACGGUCUAAUCAGUGAGGAGGCCACAGACUCUGAAACCGGCGCCCUUGAACAAGAACAAGAACCGGCACAAAAGGAUGACGAUGACCAGUCCAGUAGUUCCGACUCCAGCGAAGAAGACGCUGAGGAGGAGGAGGAGGAAGAAGAAGACGAUGACGGUGGUGAUGGUGACGAAGAUGAGGAUGAAGAUGACAGUGACGACGACGACGAUGAUGCAAGCUCGACAACGCCAGACAAGAGGUCGAAUGGGAAAGUCGGGCCCGGUCUUGGUCUUGACCAAUUCAUGAACAGUAUCAACGAGUCGGCGCGACGGGCCAAGGCUACCAGCACGAGUAAGGGCACUGGCGGUGCAAGUUGGCGGCUCAAUGGCUCACGGGAACGGGAAGAGUCGGUGUUGAGCGAGAGCCGGCAGAAGGAAGAAAGUGAGGAGAUAGAAUAG